CAUGAGUCGGAGGCGGAGUGUCGAACACGGGAACGACCCGUGUCGACGUCAACGGACUCACUACUCGCGACUCUGGCCGCCGUUGAGCUCCCGAGGGCGGUGACAACGUGGUCGUCGCGCCGCGGUAUCAUCCGAGAUCCCGUGGAGGGCGAAUUGUCGUCCUUUCAUCCACCCGUCUUUCCUUUAGUCCAUCCUUUCCUUCUUUUUCAUGCCUUCUCUUCUCUUCCAUCUUUUCCUUCCCCCCUCUUUUCAUCCACUCGUCUUUCCUUUAGUUCAUCCUGCCUUGCACCCUUUCACCCUCUCUUUUCUUAAUUUCACAUUCCCCCAUCAUCCUUUCCUUCUUUUUCAUGCCUUAUCUUCUUUCAUCCUUCAUUUCUUCCAUCUUUCCUUCCUUCCCUUUUCAUCCACCCGUCUUCCCUUUAGUCCAUCCUUUCCUUCUUUUUCAUGCCUUCUCUUCUCUUCCAUCUUUUCCUUCCUCCCUUUUUCAUCCACUCGUCUUUCCUUUAGUUCAUCCUGCCUUGCACCCUUUCACCCUCUCUUUCCUUAAUUUCACAUUUUCCCCCAUCAUCCUUUCCUUCUUUUUCAUGCCUUAUCUUCUUUCAUCCUUCAUUUCUUCCAUCUUUCCUUCCUUCCCUUUUCAUCCACCCGUCUUCCCUUUCUGAACUUUUGAGCACCAUUCCUGUCAUUCAUCCUUUCUUCCUGCCUUGCCAUUGCUGUAUUCGCCCUCUCUUUUCUUAAUUUCACAUUCCCCCAUCAUCCUUUCCUUCUUUUUCAUGCCAUCCUUCCAUCCUUCAUUUCUUCCAUCUUUCCUUCCUUCCCUUUUCAUCCACCCAUCUUUCCUUUAGUUCCCUUUCUGAACUUUUGAGCACCAUUCAUCCUUUCUUCCUGCCUUGCACCCUUUUGUCUUUUCUUCCAUUGCUGCAUUCGUCCUCUCUUUUCUUAUUUUCACAUUUCCCCCCCAUCAUCCUUUCCUUCUUUUUCAUGCCUUAUCUUCUCUUCCAUCCUCAUUUCUUACAUCUUUCCUUCCCUUUUCAUCCACUCAUCUUUCCUUUAGUUCCUUAGCCUUGCACCCUUUUGCCCUCUCUUUUCUUAAUUUCACCUUUUCCCCCCAUCAUUUCCUUCUUUUUCACGCCUUAUCUUCUCUUCCAUCUUUCCUUUAGUUCCCUUUUCAUCCACCCAUCUUUUCCUUUAUUCCUGCCAUUCAUCCUUUCUCAUCUGUCUUAUCUUCCAUCCUUCAUUUCUUCCCCUUCCCCUCUCUUUUCCUUCCUUGCUUCCAUCCGUCUUUCCUUUAGUUUCCUUUCUGAACUUUUGAGCACCAUUCAACCUUUUGUCUUUUCUUCCAUUGCUGUAUUCGCCCUCUCUUUUCUUAAUUUCACAUUUUUUCCCCGAUCAGCCUUUCCCUUUUCAUCCACCCGUCUUGCCAUUUUCUUUGCCGCUCAUCCUCACAAGGGUCGAGGUAGUGCUUGAGCGUAUCCCGGCUCAACGGGAAUCGUGGGUUUCAAACAGCCGCAUUCCAGCCCUCUCGCCGCGAUGCGAUGAAGGCAUGCCGCAUGAUGGACGAGAUGAGCUCCGGUGUAAGCGUCGCCGCGGAUCCUUCCGCCGACGUUCCUCCACCUCUGAAGCAAGGCGAGGCUUUCCACGUCUUCAUCAGCUACAGCAGCACCGACGCCCAGUGGACGCACUCGCUCAUAGACAGGCUAGAAUCCAACGGCCUUGGCGUCUGCUACCACGAGCGCGAUUUCACGGCGGGGCGCACGGUGCUGGAGAACAUGUCGGAGUGCAUCCAGGAGAGCCAGAAGGUCCUGCUGGUCCUCAGCUCGGAGUUCGUGAGGAGUCGCUGGUGUCUCCUGGAAGCCAACAUGUCUCUGUUCAGAGACUGCCUGGAGAGGAAGCCCAUCGUGCCGGUGAUUCUGGAGCCGGGGGUCUGCGUCCCGCUCCACCUGUGCCACCUCACCUACCUGGAGGUCCACGACCCGGAGUUUGAGGCCAAGCUGCUGAAGGUGCUUUUCACCCCCAACCGGCAGCUCCAAGGCUCCACCGUGGUUCCCUACCAGCCUCCGUCGCUCUACAACGGGAAGCCUCUGCAGCCUUUAACUGCCACUAACGUGGAAAGUCUUUACAAGUGGGAUGCGGGGCGGUUCAGCGACAUGGACGUUCCCGACCAACUGCGGCUGAUCAUCGAAGACCGGGAGAGGUACAGGGAAGCCGUUGGCAUCAUCAACAGCGUGUCUCAGAAGAGAGUUUUUUCAAAAUGGUUACAAGCAGUUUUAAUCGGUGUUGGUGUAGGAUUUCUUAUCACUUUGGAAGGUGGUAUAGGCUAUAUCAGUUUCUUACUGGCGUUUAAUCCUCAUUCUUAUUUUUGGCCACUGGCAUUGUCCUGUCAAGUCUGCAUUCUCAUCGGCACGCUGGUUCAGUUGGGUCUCACCAAGAGGGAGUCCGUUGCUCACACGGUAAAGGAGAUGCAGAAGGCGGCGGGUCGGGCAAACGUCAUCCUCCGUGAUGAGAAGGUCUUGAUGGGCUGUCAGUCCACUUCGAAAAUCCACAUGGUCUACGUUUCCCUGGACGGCUGCCGGCGGACGUUCGCGGAGACGUUCUCUGAGCGGGCCAGCGCGGAGAACAUGUUUGGAAGGGCCUUGCUGUAUUUCUCGUCGGGUUACGCCUGCUGCCUGGCCAAAAGAAGCUUCCCCUUCCCUGUGCCCGCCGCCCCGGGUCACCUGGAGGGCGCCGUUUGCUUUUGCCAGUACGUCUCCACGCAGCUCAGUCUGGGGGAGUGGAUGUGAGAGGCGCUGGGCGCAAAAUUUAGGUACGCCCCCUCGACCUGCCGGUGCAUGGGAGGAUUUUGAAAUUGGACAGUUGGGGCGACGUCAUACACGAAAUAAUAACGAGUCGUCAUUUUUAAUGGAUGACAGCCCAGUUGCAGGGCCCAGGCUAGCCACCAUUCCCACCCGUCUUCACAACGUGCGUGUUUCAUGUAAAUGCUGUGUUGGCUUGACUGAACAAUUCAUCCAUCCAUCGAUUUUCUUUACCGCUUAUCCUCACGAGGGUCGCGGGGAGCGCCCGAGCCUAUCCCAGCUGGGCAGGAGGCGGGGUAUACUCUGAACUGGUUGCCAGUAGUUUAUGUUGCAUGUUUUUGGGAAGUGGGAAGAAACCUUGUGGAAUUUCAGCCAUUUUUAUCUGGGUGAAAAUCCAUCCAUCCAUCCAUCCAUUUUCUUAGCUGCUUAUCCUUACAAGGGGGUCACGGGGGAGUGCCGGAGCCUAUCUCAGCUGUCAACGGGCAGGAAGCGGGGUACACCAUGAACUGGUCACCAGGGCACAUCGAGACAAAACAACCACACUCGCAAUCACACCGUGGGGCAAUUUAAAGUGUCCGAUUCAUGGUGCAAGUUAUUGGGAUGUGGGAGGAAAACCGGAGCGCCCGGACAAAACCCACGCUGGCACGGGGAGAACAUGCAAACUCCAUACAGGGAGGGCUGGGAUUGAACCCGGUUCCUCAGAACCGUGAGGCCACCGAGCAAUUCAGAUAACAUAAAAUAACUCCACAUUUGACGAUUAAUUCUUUUUAAAAAAAAGGGCUUUUGCAAAAAUGAGAGUUGUCUUUUGAUUGAGGGCAGGUCUCUUUGCGAGCUGUUAUCUAAAUGCCUUAAAAUUGUGCUUCCCCCCAGGAAUGUAAAUCCUUUUCAUAAUGUAAAAGAAAAGGAAACGUACGUUACUCCAAAUUCAGCUGUACAGUAGAUGAAUGAAGAGCUAAACUUAAUUCGUGGCUCAUCAGAGGUACUUCAAAUUUUGCCCAGUACGAGCAGAAUCAAGUUUAAGACAAGUUUGAACGUGAUUGAUGAAUUCCGAACAUUCCCCCAUUAUGAGAGCAUGUGCACACUUCUUCAAACACAUCAUAUCGCUUAUUUUACUUCUUGUCUCGAAACGUUGUUUUGUUUUUUUUUUCCUCAAUUCAGUUGUACAACUCACAUUGUUGGUGGGGGGAAAAAUAUGAAAAAAUGGAUCUUGGGCUCAUUUUUAUGUCACAAAGCACCCAGCAUUAGAAGAAGAGUGUGUAGACUUUUUCUAUCCACUGUUUUGCAUUCAUUCCUACACUCAUUAAAGUUGUGUGUGCAAAAUUA